GGGUCCUGGGGGUGCGGCGGGGGGGAUCCCCCGCACUGAGGGUCCCCGGAGUGUGCUGAGGGGGGAUCUUCUCCCGGGGGCUCCUGCGGAACCCCCCGCUGGGCCCGUGAGGGGCCGCGGAACGUCCCAGCGGGGUCGGUGUCCCCUUGGGUCAUCCCUGUGGGACCCGCGCGGCCGUUUUUGGGGCCCCAGCACCCCCGGAGCUGCCCCCUCCCCCCCCCUCCAUUGCCGGGACUCAGGGACCCCUGAGAUUCCGGGGCUCCCGGGGUGCUUGGAGGGUCCCCCGGCCCGUAGGGGUCUCCAGGGACGGGUCACCCCCCAGAGCAGCUGGAGGCGGCAGGCGGAGCUCAGUUCCCCCCCUUCCCUCCCCUCGGGUUGGGGGUGACGCCCCCCCAGGACCCCCGGCUGUUCCCCGGGCUCGCGGUGCCCGCGGCCCCGGGGGCUGGUGCCUCGUGUGGUGACCCCGGGCGUGAUCCAACAGUUCAGCCUCACUGCUUGUCACUUUUUCCCCACUUCCAGCAUUUCUUAGCCCAAAGUUUCCCCCCUCUCGGACACCACCUUGUUUUCUGAGGACAUUUUUCGUCCCAGAGCCUUGUGGCUGCUGCUCGGAUCCAGCUUUUCCUCCCAUUUCAUUUUGAUCUGGCUUUUCCACCCGUUUCAUUUAUUCCAUGUGGUGAAAAUCCCGGAGGGCUCCAGGGGUGGGGACCAGCCCCCCAUUUCCCUGCUUUCAAACAAUGGGGAGAAGCAUCCUGGAUCCAGGAGCUUCUGGAUGGAGCAGGGUGGGGUGGAGAGCUCCUUGCUCCCAGGUUUCCCAGGUUGUCGUUUUCCUUCCAUAGAAAACUGCCAACGUGGCCAGUUUAAAUCAGUCCCCAGGGAAGGGACCCGCUAUGGGCAACUGGGACACGGAUCGCAGGGCAUCCUACGAAGAUGCCCCUGGGGGUCUUGGAGAGGGGGUCAACACCAUUUCCAGCAGCUCCAACCCCCUGCAGCCGCCUGACACCCCGUCAGAGGAGCCUUUUACCACCUACUUCGACAGCAAGAUCCCCAUUCCCGAGGAUGAAAAGCAUUCCUGCUUCAGUUUCCGCAAGCUCUGGGCCUUCACGGGGCCGGGCUUCCUGAUGAGCAUUGCCUACCUGGAUCCCGGGAACAUUGAGUCGGAUCUGCAGUCUGGGGCCAUUGCAGGCUUCAAGCUCCUCUGGGUCCUGAUGUUGGCCACGAUCAUCGGGCUCCUCCUGCAGCGCCUGGCAGCCCGGCUGGGGGUGGUGACCGGGCUGCACCUGGCUGAGGUCUGCAACAGGCAGUACCAGAAGGUCCCUCGUAUCAUCCUGUGGCUGAUGGUGGAACUGGCCAUCAUCGGGUCAGACAUGCAGGAAGUCAUCGGCUCGGCCAUCGCCAUCAACCUCCUGUCUGUGGGGAAGAUCCCGCUGUGGGGAGGUGUCCUCAUCACCAUCGCUGACACCUUCGUGUUCCUCUUCCUGGAUAAAUAUGGCCUGCGGAAGCUCGAGGCCUUCUUUGGUUUCCUCAUCACCAUCAUGGCCCUGACCUUCGGUUACGAGUACGUGACGGUGCGGCCGAACCAGGGGCAGCUGCUCCGGGGGCUCUUCGUGCCCGGCUGCCCGGGCUGCGGGACCCCUCAGCUGGAGCAGGCCGUGGGCAUCGUGGGCGCCGUCAUCAUGCCCCACAACAUGUACCUGCACUCAGCCCUGGUCAAGUCCCGGCAGGUGAACCGGGCCAACAAGAGGGAGGUCCAAGAAGCCAACAAGUAUUUCUUCAUCGAGUCCUGCAUCGCACUCUUUGUCUCCUUCAUCAUCAACAUCUUUGUGGUCACGGUUUUUGCUGAGGCUUUUUUUGAGAAGACCAACGGGGACGUGCACAGAGUCUGUGGGAACACCAGCAGCCCCCACGUCUCGCUCUUCCCCAACAACAACCAGACACUGGAGGUAGACAUCUACAAGGGGGGGGUUGUCCUGGGCUGUUACUUUGGCCCCGCUGCACUCUACAUCUGGGCCAUUGGAAUCCUGGCGGCUGGGCAGAGCUCCACCAUGACAGGGACCUACUCUGGGCAGUUUGUCAUGGAGGGUUUCCUCAACCUGCGCUGGUCCCGCUUCGCCCGGGUUCUGCUGACCCGCUCCAUCGCCAUCACCCCCACACUCUUCGUUGCCAUCUUCCAGGAUGUGGAGCACCUGACAGGCAUGAAUGACUUCCUCAAUGUCCUCAUGAGUCUCCAGCUCCCCUUUGCUUUGAUCCCUGUCCUGACCUUCACCAGCCUCCCCAGUGUCAUGAACGACUUUGCCAAUGGGUGGUUCUGGAAGAUCGGGGGGGGUGUCUUGAUCCUCCUCAUCUGCAGCAUCAACAUGUAUUUUGUGGUGGCCUAUGUCAUGUCCCUCAAUCACCUGGCUCUGUACGUCGGGGCCGCCGUUCUCAGCAUCAUCUACUUGUCCUUCGUGGCCUACCUGGGCUGGCUCUGCCUCAUUGCUUUGGGUCUCUCCUUCCUGGCCUGUGGACAGUCGCGUUCCCUGGGAUUCGCCGCCCACCCGGAGCUUUUCCUCCUCGACAACGUUGAUGCCGACACGACCAUCCCCAGAUGAUCCCAGUGGGUCGGACUCAGCAUUCCUGGAGGAAAGGAAUUCCCAGAAUCCCAUGGGAAACGCAGCUGGGCCCCGCUCAGGGAACUGGGAUUUCUCCUGAGGAGGGUGGAGGGAUCGGAGGGACCUGUUGGGAGAGCGGUUGGUGCUGUGGGAGGAAGAUCUGGUGCUAGGGGAGAAGAUCUGGGCUCCAGGAGGUUCCUUUAGGUACCUCCAAAGAUAUUUUUCCCCCCUCCUCAUAGUUGCUCCAAUCAGGGAAGGAAUUUGUCAAUAUUUGCCUGAUUUUUAUUCCAGUUCCUGCUGGUUGGUGGAGAUGGUUUGAUGUGAAGCCACUGUGGAUUUUUAUUAAUCCUAAUUUGAGGAAAAGUCCAUGCUUGGAAAACUUGAGCACAGAGCAGAGAUCCAGGGAUUUUCCAGAGGAAGGAGAAGGGCAUGAACAGCCAAGUGAAGCCCCAGAGAGGCUGGGGUCAUUCCUGGCCUCUGGAUCAUCCAUAAUCAGCCAUUUUUUUCCCAUGAUUUCUGACAGAUCCAACCUCCCCCAUGGGACAAUUCCCCCACACCCCAAGAUUCAUUUUCUCCUCUUUCCCAUGGCAUUUUUCCCAUUUUUCCCAGCCUGGAGCCUCCCCCUACCUGGGCGCAGGCAGCUGCUCUUUUCCAUUUCAAUUCAAUUAAUUGCAAUUAAAAUUAAUUGCAAUUUAAAAGCUGAAUUUCCCACCCCAAGUCAGGACUGAAUCAUUUUCCUGGAAUUUCCAAAAUUUUCAUGUGCUUCCUGGACCCUCCCAGAGCCCAAACCUGGAGGAAGUUCAAGGUCAACAGACUCCAACUCUGAUCCACAUUUCCCAAAUCAAAUCUGGCCUUUUCUUUAAUUAAAUAAUCCCAAAUUAAUUCAACCUUUUUCCCAAUUAAAGCCUUUUUGGAUUUCUUGGCACCUUCUCCAAUACCAGGAGGAUGGGACAGAGAGAUGGAAUUUCCCCAGAAAAGCUUCAUUUGAUUUUAAUUGAUUUCUAAGAUUAUUAUUAUUUCUAAAAAGUUCUAAGAAGAAUAAAAAUCAAUUUUCCUGCUCCCUUUUCCUAGGGAAUUCCUGA